AUGAGGGAGCUGGUGGAGAAGAUCUCAGAGAGCGACUCUAGCACAACAUGCAGUCCAGUAACAGCAAAGACCAGAGUUCCGGUUCAAAAACAAACCGGUAGGUUGACUGGAAAGUCAUCUGGCAAGUCAACCAGCAGGGUGGAACCAGAGUCAAGCAGUGAGGGCGAGGAUGGUGAAGGCGAAGGUAAAAAUGAUGAAGCUCAAUUACCGCCUUCCAAGCUGAAAUUGACCGGAAAGCCAGGCAAAGCUGUCCAAUCUAUUCUAGUUAAAAAACCACCUGCAAAGUCAACCGGAAAAUCAUCCAGCGAUGCUGAAGUCCAAUCACCGCCCCCGGAGCGCCAAUCUAUUGGAAAGCGAAGCAGAGCCGUCAGAUUUCAUCCGGAGGAAGACUCUGGCCCAUUGGUCAAGAAAUCUAAAUCAAAUGUCAUUGGGCGCAACAUACCACUGGAGGACGAUGCUGGCACUCCUUCAGCAGAAUCAUCCAGCAAUCAUUCUACAGCCCCACUGCCUCCCAAAACUGCAUUGAGAAGUAGCUUUGUUGGUCCUGCAUCAGCCGGUCAAAUGAAGAAGUCCGGUCAGAAGCAGAAGUCCGGUCAGAAGAUACCUGCACCUAAACCAACGGCUCCUGCCACCACAUGGGGCACUGGUAAGAAAACUCAAACAGAUGGAGCUCACAUUGAUAAGCCGGAGCCAAAGUGCUCCACUAGAGCUGCAAAGGUGUCUUAUAAAGUUGAUUACAUGCAAAGAGUGUAA